UAUUGUUCUGCGAAAAGAAGAGAUACUCGGUUAUCUUUUCAUUGCAAUUCCAUUCUAGAAAGUCUUUGGAUAUAGAACACCGACAACUGUCAAAUAUCCAAGUGGGAAAAGCAUGGAUAAGAGCCUGAGAAUGAAUGAUAUGUUGCAAGCUCAAAAGUACUGAUGAUUUCAUGUGUUACAGUAAGAAUUCUAAAAAUGUCAAAGGACGUAGAAAUUAUCAAAAAGAAAAUGUAUGUAUGUGGCUAUAUAGAUAACCAGCAGUGUUCUAGAAAAGACUUCAUGGGUUAGAUCAUAUAGAGCGAUUUAAUCUAUAAGGAGAGGGUAUAAGCAAGAGAGGCGGUUGAUUUGCAGGUCUACAUGAUAAAGAGGCUCCUCAAGUUUUAUAACAGUGAAGUGUAUGGUUAUCAAGUAGGCUUGCAAUCCUGUUCUAAUGGCAGAGUUUGAUAAUUUGGUAGCUAUUGUAGUUGUCCUCCUUGGAUUGCUCACUGUUCUUUAUAUGGUGAUAAAGUUGAAGUACCCCAUCUGCAAUAGUUCCAGGAAGACAAAGAUGAAUCUGCCUCCUGGCAAUAUGGGUUGGCCAUUCUUGGGUCAAACUGUAGAAUACCUGAAGCCUCAUUUAGCUACCACACCAGGAAGAUUCAUGGAAGAGAACUGCUCUAGGCAUGGAAAGAUAUUCAGGUCUCAUCUUUUUGGGCACCCUACAGUGGUGUCUGCAGAUCCUGAGCUGAACAAGUUUAUACUGCAGAAUGAAGGAAGACUGUUUGAAUGCAGCUAUCCAAGUACUAUUGGGGGCAUUCUAGGCAAAUGGUCUAUGCUAGUUCUUGUUGGGGAAAUGCACAAACAUAUGAGAAGUAUAGCCCUUAAUUUCAUGAGCAAUAGUAUGCUGAGGAGCAGGCUGCUUGAUGAUAUAGAGAUGCAGACUCUGCUCACUCUCAAGUCAUGGGAAAAGAUGGAGCAGCCUCUCUCUGUGCAAUCUGAGACCAAAAAGUUUACUUUCAAUCUGAUGGCAAAACAAAUAUUGAGCUUCAACAGUGGGGAGCCUGAGACAGAUGAUUUGAUGAAGGAAUAUUUCACCUUUAUGAAGGGAGUUAUCUCUGCACCCAUAAAUUUUCCAGGGACAAGUUACAGGAGAGCUCUAAAGUCUAGAUCUAAAAUACUGGAAGGAGUGAAAAAGAUAAUGGAGGAGAGAAAGAAAAGAGUAGAUAUACAUUAUGAUGAUCUUCUCAGCAAUGUUAUGAAGGAUGGAAGGCUUUCAACUGAGCAGAUAUUGGAUCUCAUUCUUAAUAUUCUCUUUGCUGGUCAUGAAACUUCAGCAGUUGCCUUAACUCUGUGUCUUUAUUUUCUUCUCAAGUUCCCUUUGGUAAUUGACUCUCUCAGGUCAGAACAUUUAGAUAUAGCUAGAAGAAAACAACAACAGGAGCCAAAAGAUCUGAGAUUAAACUGGGAUGAUUAUAAAAGGAUGGAGUUUACACAUAAUGUUAUCAAUGAGACAUUGAGGCUUGGGAACGUAGUACGCUUUGUCCAUAGAAAAGCAUUGAGAGAUGUUAAUUUCAAAGGUUAUGAUAUUCCUGCUGGAUGGAAAGUUUUACCAGUUUUCGCAGCCGUGCACUUGGACCCUGCUCUCUAUGACAAUCCUCUGCAAUUCAAUCCUCAGAGAUGGCAGAAAAUGGAGCCCAGUACAUAUUUCACUCCAUUUGGAGGAGGACCCCGGUUAUGUUCUGGUUUAGAACUGGCCAAACUAGAGAUGGCUGUUUUCCUGCACCAUCUUGUACUCAACUACAGAUGGGAAAUGUCAGAAGCAGACCGUGCGCUUGCUUUUCCUUUCGUAGAGUUUGAGAAGGGAUUUCCCAUCACACUAACAGCAAUCAGACAAACAAACUAAUCAUUUCCGCACAUUGCUAACACUACACUGUAUCAGAUCUGUUCUGAUCGUUUAUACCUAUUUUAUAUGAUAUGUAAUUGUUAAGCAUUCUAUUGCAUUGAUAAUUGUACCGGUGAAUAAAGAAAACAGUACCUUGCAUGCGUGGACAGUCUGACAAAAAGAAAACUAAGUGGAAUCCACAUGCAUGCAGGGAAAAAGAAAUAUCUGGAAAGUGAAUACAAGAGCAUAUCGUAAAAGCUCCAGCGAUCUUUGUCUCUUCAAAAUUUGGCGCAUUCUGUAACCAUGCAUGUGACCGAUUAGUCAUAAAAGGCAGUUUCUCUUCGUUUGGUGCAACUGGCAUUUUUGAGAUUGAGUAGAUCCAUUUUGUUGGGUAGAUCAUCUCAUUAUUGCUAAAUAGGCUAUAGUCAGAAUUGUUGUUAACCAAUCAUACCUGUAAAGAAUGAAUAAAGGUUUAUAAGGGUUUCGGUUCA